CUCGUCACACUCUCAGCUGGCCAUGCUUCAGUCUUGGCCAAAACGCUGCGCGGUUUAUGCCGAAAGUUUAUUUUCCGUUCCGGAGGGCUGUGUUUGUUUCUGUGAUACGAUGUGCCUGGAUAUUUUGAGGCACAAGAAGAAGGUGUUGCUGCUGCUACUGCUGAUGGCCAUCGGCAGUAUUGUUUACUAUCUUUAUACCCUGAAAUUGGAGCGGGAGCGUGAUGGAUUUGUAACGGUGACUACUUCACGUUUGGAGCAUGAAGUUAAAGAAUUGCAGGCGGUUUUCGAGUCAGAGGUCAUUCCAGGUCUGGGAGCUUUGGGACGACCGGCGAGGGGCAAUUGGACUCAAGAGCAAUUGGAGGCCAUCGCAACGAGCCAGCGGGAAACGGGUUACAACGCUUGGCUCUCCAAACGCAUCUCACCUGAGCGAACGCUCUACGACAUGCGGCAUCGCAGCUGUAAAAAGCUCGAGUACCCGCUGGAAAAGCUCCCCUCGGUCAGUGCGGUGAUAACGUAUCACAAUGAGGAGGCGAGCGUGCUGCUGCGAACGCUGAGCAGCCUUAGGAGCCGGACUCCGAUUAUGCUGCUCAGGGAGAUAAUCCUGGUGGACGAUGGCAGUACCGUGGUGAACGAAACGCUCAAUGACUUCCUUAAGAUCAAGUUCCUGAACAUGGUUAAGCACAGCAGGAUUACCACUCAAGUUGGCUUGAUGCAUGCUAGAGUGGUGGGUGCUGAAAUGGCCCUGGCUGAUGUGCUAGUGUUUCUGGACUCCCAUGUGGAGGUCACCAAAGGAUGGCUGGAGCCACUUCUUGAUCCCAUGAUGAGAAACAACAGAACUUGCACUACUCCCAUAAUAGACACCAUUGACUUUGAUAACUUUGCUUAUAGAAGAGGAAAGCCAUCGCGAGGCUUCUUCAAUUGGCAAUUUAAUUAUAUACAAUUACCACUCCUCAAAGAGGAGGCAGUGGCCAUGCCAGCUCCCCACCAAAAUCCCAUUAUGAACGGAGGCCUUUUCGCAAUUGGCCGGGAAUGGUUCUUCGAACUCGGUGGCUAUGACAAGGGACUAAAGAUCUGGGGAGCCGAGCAAAUCGAACUAAGCCUGAAGCUGUGGUUGUGCGGAGGACAGAUUCUGGAGGUUCCCUGCUCAAGGAUUGGUCAUCUCUACAGAGAUGGAAACUUCAAAAUUCGCUAUACGGACAAGAAUUCAAAUAGUGAGAAGAAAAUCAUUUCAAGGAACUACCGACGAGUGGCUGAGGUUUGGUUGGAUGAAUUCAAGGACAAGUUGUUUGCCAACUUGCCACAUUUGACUGUGAUUUCCGCGGGAAAUCUUGCCGAGCAACGAGAGCUCAAGAAACGACUUCACUGCAAACCGUUCCAGUGGUUCUUGGAUAAUCUUGCACAGGACUUUCUGCAUCUGUAUCCCAUAAUAGACCCCGGAGAAUACGCCUCCGGAGUGAUACAAAGCGUAUCUUCACCGAAACUCUGUUUGGAUCGCUCAGAUACCCAAAAGCGUCGCCCCAAGCUAUCUCCAUGUAGUUCAGAUCAGGUUUUUCCGCAACCAGAGCAGCAUUGGAUCCUAACCAGCCGCCGGGAAUUGCGUUCCGGAAAUCUUUGCCUGGAAGUGCGCAACCAAGGAUUGGAAGUUCAUUUAUAUGAAUGCCAUGGCCAGAGUGGUAACCAGUUCUGGUCGUACGACUCCAAGACUCGCCAGGUGAUCUCUGGCCAGAUGUCAAACUCCAGAAAUUGUUUGGAAGCCCAGCCGGAUACGAAUGGCCUUACCUCAAGGGCCUGUGAUCCCAAGAACACCAAACAAAAAUGGAAAUUGGGUUACCAAAACGACGAAAAAUUGCUACACUUUUGGGACAAUGUCAAGACGAAGUAAUGGUAUCCUGGGAAAUUUAAUUGUAUUCCAACUUGCCAUGAAUAUUUUUUUUAUCUAUAAUUAGGUUUAAGUUUUAAAGCAGAAAUGCUUAAAUUUCUUUUUACGCCACAGCAUUUAGUUACACAAAUGCAAGAAAGCUUGCAUAUAUUUAGUGAUGCUCUUGUGUUGGUUUGCAGCUGUGCACUGAGAGAAAGAAAAACACAUUCUUUUUGUUUACAAAUUCAUCCCUCAUUUCAACACUCACGUCGAAGGUCCACUGCGAAAUAAACUCCAAAGUGGAAGCAGAAGUAAUAGGGAAUGAUUUCCAGUGCAAGUGUUCGAGGAUGAUCAAGGAAGAAAGAAGAACAGUUAGCGAAGGAAUGAGGAUGAGAGAGGAAAACAAAAAGGCGAGCGCUGAAAGCUUAAGGGAGAGCAAGCCUAUAUGAAGAGAGGAUUUACA